GGAUGGACACAGAGCGCAGGAGCCUACCACCAAAUAGGAAAUCAGUGUGACUGAGAGACAUAACACAACUCCUUACCUCCUUCUUUCAUCCCUCUUUCAACUGUUUCCAUCUCCACAUGACUUUUGCUCUUUUCUCCAUUCCCUCCUCUUCUCUUUGAGCUUCACUUGUUUGCUUGGACGGUAGCUGCAUCGAUGCAAAAUGGGUUGUGGCAAUUCCUCAGCCGCCAGCACAUCAGGAGGGGGGCCUGCAGAAGCUUCCAAAGAUUUGACAGAAGAGCCCUCACCAGACGAUGACAAAAGAAGGAACUAUGGCGGGGUGUACGUAGGUCUACCAUCUGACAUGACCACUGUGGCAGCCAGCCAGUCCAAGUCCACAGGCAAAGACUAAAAUAUAUAGAAGGGAUUCACUGACAUACAACACAGGACUGUAGAUACAUUAUUCAGAACAUACAGGGACAUUAAAUUCACACGUUGAAAGGAGGAGUGUGCUCGGAUUACUGACUCCCCAUCACAAUACAGCCUCCGAAAGAGUGAGAGACCGUUCCCUGGGCCCGGACCAUCAGGCAGAUAUGAGGUCAGCCUACUUGGGUCCUGAGGAAACUGCUUCAGAGUGGCACCGAGUGGAGCCUCAAUGGAUGCCUUUGUUUGAGGAUUCUUUGCCCUUCUUGACCCUCACAUGGAGCUGGACAGCAGAAUCAGCGCAGUCGGGUGGCCGUGGGGAGACAGUGAGCAUUGGGACCAACAUCCUGGCCUCUAGGUCAAUGUUCUGGUGCAGCUUCUUGGGUUCAGGAAGAGACAUGAGACACACACAGCCUCUCUGAGACUCCUCCUCGACAGGCUCUGCCAGCGGCGGACUGAGACAAGAAUUCGACCCUGGCAUUUUAUCCACACCAGCCCACAUUACUGCAAGCGCCGCUAACUCCCCCCCAGUUACAGUUGGUGGCACCAGCCCAUGAUUUGGUUGGACCCAAAUCAUGAGUAAUCAUCUCAUAAAGUCAUUCAUAGUGCUUUACUAAGAAGUGUAAUAAGUUGUUUCAUCUAACACAUCCAAGCAGGAAUGCAUGAAUCAAGAUAUUUUGUGCAACCUAAUCCAGUGAUUGUCAUGAAUUUUGGGUUGACAGUUAGACUAUAGUUGCUAUAUUCUACUGUCAAAAUAGGACUCCAGAAUUUCCAUACGUGUAUUAUUUCAAUAGAGAUGAAUUACAUACAUCUUUAUGUGCACUAACUAAUAUCAUAGGCAAAUUAAUUUGGGGUUCAACACCUGAGGAAGUGGAAACUGAAAACACAUUAAUUAGAUUGCUAACUCUAAAUAUAAUACCCUCUGCUAGUAGCCAUUUAUCCAACAGUAAAUGUAAUGUCCUAAAAUAACUUUGCAGUUGUAGGCUACUACCCAUGAGACCUAUAGGCAUAUGCCUUUGCAAUGGCUGGUGCACAUUUCGGGCACGUGCCGCUCCAUGGGCUCUAUUUGAACAAACCUAACACAAUGGUAAAUCUAAGCGCAGGCGGUGGCGCUAUAGGUUCAGGGUGUAUCAGCAAUAUUUUUGCUAUUUUCACUUUCACAAUUAUCGGCGCACUUGCUGGCGUUGGCGCAAAAGGGCUGGGUUUUGAUUAAUAAACAAGUUGUGGGUGUGUCGAGGCUUGGCCCCUCACUGGCCAAU